AUGGGAACGGGAACGGGCGGGGCACAGGGCACAGAUCAAGACCGCUCAACAGCAGAAGCAGAUAUGGAGCUCAUACGUACCAAACGGGCGCUCACGACUUUGGCGGCUGCUGCUGCUUUGGGUGGGGGUGGAGGGGGUUCGGGUGGGGGGAAGAAUAAGUAUCGGAAGCGGAGUCGCGCAACACCUCCUGGAAAAUGUCAUUCGUGCAAUAUUCGGGAGACGCCGGAGUGGAGACGAGGACCGGAUGGUGCGAGAACGUUGUGUAAUGCUUGUGGGUUGCAUUAUGCCAAACUCGUGCGCAAACGCGAAAAGGCCCUCGCAAACGGCGAGACCCCCUCGAUCCAACGCAUCGAUAUGGAGAUGCUCCGCGCGAGCGCAAGGGCAGCAGACGCAGACAAAGGCGCACGCGCU